UUCGUUACUCUUUGAUAGAGCGCGAGCUUCAACGAAUUAUCAUCACGCGAGUAAAAUUCUUGUCGAUGGCGAGGGAUUGAGAUCUCCACACUACCUUUUUUUAGGAGCAAAAGAGGGUGCACGACUGAUUUCACUACGACUGCAUAUUGAGUUACUCCUCUACGCAUCGAGUAACAAUCAAGGACUAGCCACGUCGCACAUAAAUUUUGGCCGUUGCAUUUGAGAGCAUCUCCGAUGAUGAAGCACGAGCAUAAAGUUGCUGGAUCUCCCGUCACAGAGCAGCUUAAUAAAGAACGACGACCUCGAUAGACAUAAGGGUCGUAAAAUAUCCUGUCCAUUUAGAGAAAGACAAAUCUGGGCGACUGUCAUUGAGCUCCAAAUCAUAAUGACCCACUGUAUCGACACCGCUGGGGUUGAGGAGGCUGCUUUGCAGAUGGACGAAACCACUCUGGGAAGCACUGAACAUGGCGACAAAGAAUCACCAGCGACAUUAAAUUGCAAUUUAGAAUCGUCCGAUUAUUUGAAAGACAUUGUCUUUGAAUAUGAGGAUGAAGUGCAUCCUCGGCAACCGGACACCUUGCCUGCCGUGACAGGGGAAGGAGAAGAGGAACGGGAUUCGGAAGACGACACGGUAGUAGUGAGGUGGCAGUUGCUACACAAGCUACAAACUAUCCUGGUAAUUGUUGCAGCCACGGUUGCCACGUUUGGUUUGCACAACUACCUUUCAGUCUUCAAUUCCAUUGCAGCGUCAGGCUUGGUUGGUCUCGUGUCUGGUCUUGUCUUACCACAAUAUAUGGCACUAGCUGCUUUCUGCGGUUCCUUUGCCGGUAUGGCAACUUUGCAAGUCAUUCCCAGUGUUGUUGCUGCGAUAUCACUCGGAUUCUUUUGUGCUCUGGUCGUGCUCGUCUUUGACUACAAAGGCUUUUUGCUCGGAAUAGGCGGACGUCUGGGUUUUAUUGCGCUGUGUGCUUGUACCAUGCAUUUUGUGCUUUCUAUCAUUGUUGUCGCUCCGUCACCGGAGGCUUCCCUCGUCGAUAUAUCAAGCUUUCCCAGCAUAGAGGAAUUCUUUCCAAUCAAGUUAUUUCGAGUCCUGUCAACAACAAUAGUCGGUAGCAUCUUUAUGAAGCUCUGGAGAUUGACUUUCGCUCGCCUUGAAGGUUCUCUAGCGAAAUGUAUGGCCCAUUCGGUUGUUGCCUCGAGCGCAACGGGGAUCCUGGUGGCAUGGACAUUACCAUUAUGGGCUACUGGCCCAGUAUACUGUGGUUCUUUUGUAGCGAUGGCCGCUCCGGAGGAGCUUCCGACCAUGAUGUCAAUAGUCUCGGCCGCGACUUUGGCCGGAUUGGCGCAGUUGGCUUUGGAUGGUUUUUUUUUGGGCGGAUGGGGUGGGAAAUUGGGAACAGCAGCUUUGAUAGGCGUUCUUUUGUAUAGAAUACCUGUUCGGCUAUUGGCUGAGUGCGUAGAUAGCCAAGAGGACGGAAGUGAAAGUGAUGCAGGAAACAAACCAAACGUACCGGGGAUGACUGAAGUCUAGAUGUAUGUGUUCUUGUAAAAAUUAUUUUUUUUUGAAAAGCU